AUCAUCAGAUGUUGUUCACUUUUUACCCCCACUAUAUUUAAUUUUGGCAAGAGAGGAACAUCUAAUCUAAGAAUUUUUGGGAAAUGAAAUAAUUUUAAUAACUUUAAAUGUUACAACACUGAAAAUAAUAAUAAUAACAAUUAAAAAUUUAGUUUAGUACUCGGAAAAUCCGUAAUUCUUGUUGUUGCUGUUAAUAAAAUUACAAGUGUUUAGUUUAUAAAUGGCGAAUCUAAGGUCGUUGUGGUCUUCAGUAUCAAAAAUAAAUUUUUUUGGAGCACGUUGUACUAUUUUACAAGUGAGACAUAAAGCAGAUAUACCAGAACCUGAUUUUGUAAAAGCUAAGCCACCGGUACCAACACCAAAAGUUGGAGCAGCCGGAAUUUACGACUACGACAAGUGGGUGAAUGCCUGGAUGAAAAGAGACGUAAAAAGACGUCGUGCUGUUGAACAAUAUGCUCCAGUGCGCACUCGUUUAAUAGCUAUCAAAAGAUGUACCUUCUUACCUAAGGAAAUUACAGAAAUUGCUGACAGACAAAUGAUAGAAGAUAUACCAAGAGUAUCAUCUACACGUCAGUUGACUCAGAGAUGCGCGGUAACAUCUCGUGGUCGUGGUAAUCUUCCUCGGUGGAGACUCUCCAGAUUUGUCUUUAGGCACAUGGCUGAUUAUAAUAAAAUUGCCGGUCUCCAGCGAGCUAUGUGGUAGAGUGAUUAAUAUUUUAUAUGGUACAAUACAAUAAAUUAAAUCAAGUGUGUCAA